AGGGAGUGGUACGUCAAAAACUGACGCACAGCGGCAGCCACACUGCGCAAGAGGAAACAAGUCCAUAGUUAAAUAGUACUCAUAAUAAUAAUAAUAUAAACUGUAAAAUACAUAAAACAUUACGUGAAAUCAAGUCCAAGCCGAGCAAAACAAAUUACGUGAGAAAGUGCAAAAAAUCUAUAAGAGAAAAGCGACGAAGAAGAAAAAAAAACUGUGAAACGGGCUGAGAAAAACAAGCUAAGGAAAAUAGCUGGCCAACAAAUCAGAGCGAAACCUUGAUUGUAACGGCAACGGCAACGCAACAACGAACGCAAAAUACCUUCAAUUGUGGCAAAGUGAGUUUCGGCCAGGCCAGCGAGCGCUCAGAGCCAAGCUAACAACAGCAAAGUUAUAUAAGAAGGCUGCGAGAAAGGCUACAGGGGAGGCAAGGAGGCUGUCGAGGAUGCCCGCCAGUCGCAGCCGGCACGCUAAAGGACACGAUUCCAACAACACCAAAGAGCAAGCAGAGCAAGCAGCUGCAGCAGGAGCAGGAGCAGGUCCUGGAACUGAAGCUAUAACUAAAGCCGGAGCAGCGCUACUCUCAAGGCAACUCAUGUCAAUGUCAAAGUUGAAGCAUAACUAGUUGGAAGAGGAGUACGAGUACGAGUAGGAGUACGAGAACAAGGAGCAAAGCUAAAGCAUUUUACUGCAGACGACGCUGGAGUCGAUGUCAAAGAAGGUUGUGCUACAUCUACAUAGUAAAUACAAAACAAAUUUAAAACAUAAGAAACAGAAACGGGCGUCACGAGCAGCCGGAGGAUCCCAUCCAUCCCCACAAGCCCCACAAAGGAAACCGAAUCCGAAACGCAAACACACUAAAAGUGCAGACCGACCCCAAAGUGUGGGUUCCUCGGUGUCUGGUUCACAGGCAAUUCAAAAGAUUUGAUCCGCCAGGCGGCCAAACUGGCAACUGCCGGCAGACUUGGGGAGCGGACACGGCAACGGAGACGAAGACGGUGACGGAGUCAGAAGUCAGAGUCGGAAUCGACCCACAAGGAGAGAGCAGAGCAGAGCAGGCACCACCAUGUCUGUGGACUUUAUACUGCCCAAUCGGAACAAGAUACAAACGAUUGCCUAUGCGAGUGCCAGCAGAAAGUAUGCCGCGACGGCAUCAUCCGCCUCGACCGGAUCCGGAUCCGGAAGCAGCAGCAGCAGCGAGCUGCAGAGCUGGCGGCGACCGAAGCCGAGAAACGGCAGCAAACUGAGGCUGGAGGACAGGUCCUCCUCCUCGGUGCUGCGUAAUGCCAAUGGGAAUGCACACGCAAGUGGAAAUGGAAAUGGAAAUGGGAGCAAGUCGUCGCUCAAGUCGCUGGCCAAACGCUCCUCCAGAUCCCUGCUGAAGCGUGAGGUUAUCGAGCUGGAGGACGAGGAGGAUCGGAGGGAGGCAACCGCCGGCGACGAACAGCUGUGCGAGCACCUGGAGUGGUCCGCCGCCCAGUCCCUGGUGCAGAUGACCUCCUCCAAGCAGGAGAAACAGCGUCGCCUGGGAGGGGCGUCAUUGGGAGGUGCUGCUGGCACCACAGGAACCGCAGCGGCAGCCACAGUCUCCGCCUCAGUGUCGGUGCGCCGUCCAGUGGCCGUCGGGCGGGCCCCGGCCGAGGACGGAAAGGUGAUCUUCUAUGCACCGCCAGCCAGUGCCUGUGGGGCUGCGCGCCAGCCGGAGCCAAUGUCCGUGAAGCGCCAGCGGGAGCAACAAGUGGCGGCGAAUGCCUCCGCAGCGGCCACGGCCACGGCCGCAUCGAUUUACCGCGGACGCAGCGCUGAGGAGACGGAGGCCGCCCACGAUCUGCUGUCGCUGUCCCAGAGCCUGCCGCCGCUCAUACCGCCCUGCGUGGUGACCAUCAUGAAGCAGGAGCAGGAGCACCACAAGUCGUCGGCGGAGCACCUGCCGAUUAUGCAGGAGAUCUCGAACGCUUCCAACAAGUCGCUGGCCACGUCUUCGCAGUCGAACAUCCGGUUCAUCGGCAGCAGUUCCUACGACAUGAUGAACGGCGCGCCCGAGGCCUCCAACAACUGCUCGCCACUGACGCCGCCCAACUCCGAUCACAGCUCGGAUGUGGACAUUGAUAUGUCUUCCUCGUCCGAAUCCGGCCAGAUGCACUGGGGCAAGCAGCCGCACCAGCCGCCGCAGCAGCAGCGGGCCUCGGCCCUGAAAAUGUGCCUCAACAUGAUGGACGGGCGCACGAAGGCCAGCAAGGCGGCGGCUGGCAAGGACCGGGAGCAGCUGCACCAGCGUCCAAAGAGCUCCAGCAGCUCCAAUGGCUCGGGCGGCGCAGGAAGCAGUGUCGCAGGCGGACGUGCAGCGACGAUUGCCGAUGUGGCAGCUGCAGCCGGAGCCGGAGCCGCAGCCGGAUCCAGUGGCAAUGGGGAGAACUAUGCCAAGCGCAAGCGCGGAUGCUACAAGUGCUCCGAGUGCGGCAAGCAGUAUGCCACCUCCAGCAACCUGUCGCGCCACAAGCAGACGCACCGCUCCCUGGACUCGCAAUCGGCCAAGAAGUGCAAUACCUGCGGCAAGGCGUACGUGUCCAUGCCGGCCCUGGCCAUGCACCUACUAACGCACAAACUCUCGCACAGCUGCGACAUCUGCGGCAAGCUCUUCUCGCGCCCCUGGCUGCUCCAGGGCCAUCUGCGCUCCCACACCGGCGAGAAGCCCUAUGCCUGUGUCCAUUGCGGCAAGGCGUUCGCGGACCGCUCCAACCUCCGCGCCCACAUGCAGACGCACUCUGGCGACAAGAACUUCAAGUGUCACCGCUGCAACAAGACGUUCGCGCUCAAGUCGUAUCUGAACAAGCACCUGGAGUCGGCCUGCCUCAGGGAUGCAGGCGCCAUAGGGCAGGGCAAGGACGAUGACUACGACUGCGAUCUGGAGGACGAGGAUGAGAUGAUGGGAAAGCAUGAGCACGAUCAGGACGAGUUCGAUGGCGAUGAGCUGGACAGCGAUGAGACUAGUCAGGAUAUUGAAGUGGCUUAGGCGGCCGUCAGCGAUGCGAUGGAGUUGGAGUUGGAGUUGGAAAUGGACAGUGAUGAGACUAGUCAGGAUAUUGUGGGGACCUAGGCAGCCGCCGAAGGUCGCCACAAGACUCCUCUCGUUUACCUUAAUAUUAGAUACUUUAUACCAGAACCCUAUAAGCAAUAUUCGAGCACCCUUAUCAAAUUAAAAACGAUAAAACCCAAAAAGAAAAAUGUAAUCGAAGGUUAUAAUUCAAAUCAGUCAACUAGCAGCUUACUAGCAGAGUAGUUCGGACGGAAUAUGAAGGAUGGACGGAUGGACGGAUAGAAGAUGGAUCUCAACUCAAUAGAAUGUUUUCAACAGUUAUAUACAUUAUACAUAUAUAUCUACUUACUUAUUAUCUGACCUUUUCCGGGCUACUAUAGCGGGACGAGCGAGAAAGAGAACAAGCAGGAGGAGGGCGGAGUCUUUCCGAGUUGCGACUUUUACUGAAUUGAAACAGCCAAAAGAACAAAUAACCAAAAAAAGGCAACACCGACAAAAGGCAAACGAGCAAAACGGAAGGGAGAAUAAGAGAGAGAACAAACAAAAACAAACGGAAACAAAAAGGAAAAAACAAAAGGUUUAAGAAAGAAAUCCAAAACGUAACUUAUAGUAAAAAUCUGACACAACGAAUAUUAUGGAACAUAAGUAGAAAUUCUAUAUAUACACAGAUCAAAUAAGCAUAUAUACAGAAUGGAAGGGAGGAGGAAAGCAGAAACUGAGGAGGAGAAAGGGCAAAUUAUAUAUAUAUAUAUAUACAUAUGACAUAUGAUCUAUAUGAACUACGAGUAUAAUAACAUAGCGAGCAGAACCAAUUUGCAUGUUUUUUGGUAAUAUCUACUUUAAGGCAUCGUUUUAGGGCUCUAGAGUUUAUAUACACACACACCCCUACCGCAUCCAUGCAAUACAUACCUAGAUGCACGAGUAUUACGAGUAUUAGUCUGUAUUCAAAGAGAACUCUCUCGCUCUCUCCAACCAAAACCACACCAACGCCCACGCCCGCCACACGCCAUUCGAGGAGGACACUUGGACAGUUGGACAGUUGAACAGUUGAACAGAUAAAUAGAU